CCUGAGCGUGCAUUUUGAGCACUUAGCUCGGCGAUGCGUCAUGUCGAUCCACUUAUCAGCACCUAUACAUCGCGAUCCAGGAACAGGGUUGGCACAGCGACGCCGCUACCUUGUGCUCUUGUUUCCUCGUGCUCACGUGUCUGGGCCUUGACACUGAACGCCGCGGCUAUAAGUGCAUUUGAAGUGCCAAGAAUGUGGAUGAGAAUCAGGAACAGAGUCAUUCAUCUUGAAUCGACCGACUUGCUUGGCUAUAGCAUGCACAGUUGAGUUACAGUACGCACACGGCAUGCUGAUCGGCCUGACUCGUCUUCACGCGGCUCACAUUCAUCAUAGGAGCCAAGGGCACGGGAAAAGCUCCACGCCGACUCGAGCUGCCAUCUAUGCUAUUCUUCUCUUGCGUGACUUCACCCAUCAGAAUACUCCGGGCCGCCGUCCGUAUUCGACUUGGGCUGAGGAGCGUCGAAGACCUCAUCUUGAUCGUUUCGAUAGUCUUUGUGCAAACGCUGUGCGGGAAAUCCUAUUCACAUUCUCAACACACAGCUGGUUUGGGUACCAACGCAAAUCUGCCACCUACGUUGAACUCGACCUCUUGUUGCAUUGCUGACUUCUCACAGCAGUCCUUGAUCGCCAUGCCAUGCCGUAAAUAGCCUUACAUACGAUCAGCUCAUAACCGAGCGGGCCGUUGGACAUUUUAGCCCUCCAUCGCGCACGCAAGACUUGCGCCACCACAGAUGCUCUUUGCAAACGCGUUGGAUGCAAGUCUUGCUUGAGGUGCUGGCUGGCUACAAAGCGCCGAUCCUAUGGCUGAGCCAGACGCUUCUACCAAGGGACCAGAGCCAUGUCGCAGCGAAGUCCGACACAGGGAUCUGGACCUGACUGCGUAGGUACACUUUGUCACGGCAAGAUGCCCAUGCAGCGAAGGUAUAAGAGAGCACCCUUCGUCGAAGUCAGUCGCAACCGCCUUCCUUCAUGGAAUCCGGUCAAGCAUUCAGAUCUCUCAAUUGAUCUCAUCAGCUGACAGCUGACAGGCAAACACACGCAAAAGCUCAGAGCAACGCAGAAAGCGCGCUAAAUUCUAAAGCUCACGACCCGAAGCCCAGCUUCUCACGUGAGCAUGAGAAAGUCGCUUUGGGAGGCAAGCCUGUUGGUAUAUGAUA